GGUGGUCAGAGGGGAUGGGAGCUGGGUAUGUCAGUAGUCUGAGUGCCAUGUGAGGUGUCUUGCUGCCAGUUUGGGUGUGUACCAGAGUGCCAGGCUGCCCACAAGCUCUCGGGUGGUGAUAAUAAAGCUGACUCGUCCGGACCUGCAUGGACUAACAUGAAGAGUUUAAAAGCCAAGUUCAGGAAGACCGACGCUCAUGAGUGGAGUAAGAACGACGAGCGUCUCCUCAGCGCCGUGGAACACGGAGAGACGGACAAGGUCUCCUCACUGCUGGCGAAGAAGGGUGCCAGCGCCACCAAGCUGGAUGGAGAGGGGAAAUCCGCACUCCACGUUGCAGCGACUCGGGGGCAGACGGAGUGUCUGGCUGUAAUUUUGGCACACGGAGCCGACCUCUCCGUACUGGACGCUUCAGGUUCGAGUGCUUUACACCUGGCUGCCAAAAACAACCAGCAGGAGUGUGCCAAAAAGCUCCUACAGAGUAAAUGUGUGCUGGAUGUUCUGGAUGCUGCUGGAAGAACGGCUCUUCACUAUGCUGCUGCUAACGGGAACGCCGUGAUGGUUCAGCUUUUGUGUGAGCACAAAUCCCCCAUCAAUCUGAGAGAUACAGACGGAGUCACGCCGUUGUUGCUCUCAGCUAAACAUGCUCAUCCCGAAGUGUGCGGCAUCCUGCUGGACUGGGGCGCCGAGAUCAACGCCUGCGACAAGGACGGCCGGACGGCGGUGAUGUUGGCCGCCGAGAGCCGCUGUGUGGCCGCUGUGGAUUUACUGGUACAUAGAGGAGCAGAUUUGCGUCUCGUUGACUCGCUGGGUCACAACGUUCUGCACUACGCUAAACUUUCCGGGUGUGCAGAGGUCCAAGGGAUCGUCAACAGCGCCCUCCAGUGCCGACCCUCAGAGCCAGAUCAGAAUUCACCCAGAACCCCUCAGCAUGAUCACAGGGCUAAGCUAAACGAGGACAGAAACUCCAGCUCUAAAAAGCGAAAAGCGCCCCCACCGCCUAUCAGCCCACUGCAGUCACCACUCUCACCACCUUAUCUGACCCCGAGUGAAACUCCAGUGUCCAGUAAAAGUGGUUCGUCCAAGAGGUUCAGUUACAAGGAGGACGAGCUGAGGAGCGUGGGGCUGAAAGUAGAGAUCGAGAAGCUGCAGGAAGAGAAGAACAUGCUGCUGGAGACCAUUGAGGAUCUGAAGCAGAUUGUGGAGCAGACUGAGCCCAAGGCUGAACAGUGUGCCAGUGCAGAUUCAUCACUGGUCACCACCCUGCAAGCCAAGGUGGCCUCGCUUUCACUGGAGAACCAGCAGCUCGCCCAGCUCAUCAAGAAGCGUCCCGCUCCGCAGGGUAAGGAAGGUCGGGGGGAUUCACGCCCGAACAGCAUCGGCUCAAACGCAUCGUACCGGUCCAGCCAGGCCGAGUUCGAUGAGCAGGAAGCGUGUGAGGAACUGGCUUUUGAUCUGAGUGGAGCUGCUGCGAAGAACGAGGUGAUGCUCCUGAAGGACGCGCUGCAGAACCUGCAUGUCAGGCUGGACGAGUCCAGGCUGGAGAACCGCUCCUUGAAGGCCAGACUCAAACCCGAUUACGAGCAUCAGAGAAAGAACGGAAGCGAGGGUCCGUCGGAAAGCGCGGCGAGGAAAAUGGAGGACGGGACGUUAGAGGAUCAGGUCGUGCGGAAGUUUCAGUAUUUGAAAAGCUGCCUGGAACAGGAAGUGAAAGAUUUAAAGGCGAAGUUGGCGAAGGCUGAAGAGGAGAGAACGCGAGACGCCGGUUUGAUCAAAGAACUCCAGGACAGGCUCGAACAGAGCGGUCAUGUGACCGAGGAUGAGCGACAGGAAAUGAAAACCUCUCACGCUCUCAUGGUGGAAAAUAUCAAGCAGGAAAAGGCGCUGAUGAGCGAGAAGUACGAGGAGGCGCAGGAGGAGAUAAAGAUGCUUCAGGAGGCACUCAGAGGUACGGUUUCCGUCGAGGCCGCCGCCAAAGACUUUGAAGAAAUGAAAGUGGAAAUGGGAUCGGUUAUCAGCGGACUCCAGAAGAGGCUGAAGGAGCUGUCGAAGUCCUACAGCGACACGAAAAACGAGCUGAGCGGCGUCCGGAGUAAGCUCCAAGCCCUCGAGUCGGACGAGAAGAACAAAAACGUCGUCUGUUCCUGCAAGCAGGAGCACGAGGAAAAACUGGCGGUGAAGAUGAAGGACGUCCAGAACACGCUGAAGGACGUUGAACUGAAGCACCAGUCAGCGCUGAAGGAGAUCGCCCGGCUCAAAAAGGACGCCGAGAUCCAGUCCCAGUCCUCCGUGUCCGUUUCCGACCACACGCAGGUCGUGGCGUCUUUAGGCAACGCCGUCAAGAACCUGGAGGCCGAACUGGACGCGGUGAAACACCAGCUCCUGCAGAAGACCGCUCAGGUGGACGAGCUGCAGACCAAACUCAAGGUCAUGCAGGAGAGGAACGUCCCGCCGGACAGUCUGGUCUCCGUACAGGAGCACCGGCAGAUGAAGGAGUCGCUGGAGGGCGACGUCGCCCACCUCACCCAGCUCCUUCAGGACGCCCUGAGGAAGCAGGACGAGCUGGCGCUGGAGGUGACGGCGGCCUGGCAGGAGGUGAAGGACGGCCGGAGCGAGAGGGAGUCGGCGCACAAGCAGGCUGUUCACAAGGAGCAGGAGAAUAGCGUACUGAGUAGGAGGUGUAAGGAGGCGCAGGACGUGAUCACGCAGCUGAAGAAGCAGGUGGAGAACCACGUCGGCUCCGAAAGAGAGAAGAACAAGAAGAUCGACGAUCUGACGAAGGAGGUGGGGAAGUUGAAGGACGCUCUGAACAGCCUCUCUCAGCUCUCUUAUUCCACCAGCAGCCCUAAACGACAGCAGAACCAGCAGGUGGAUUGUCUCCAACAGCAGAUCAAACAGCUACAGUACCAACUCAACGAGUCUAAGAAGAGGCACCAUGAGAUCGUGUCUGUGUACAGAAUGCAUCUCCUCUACGCUGUACAGGGUCAGAUGGACGAGGACGUGCAGAAAGCCCUACAGCAAAUUCUGGUGAUGUGUAAAAUACCAACAGAGGACAAAUGAAGCAGCUGGUCAUCGCCCGAAUCCUGCCAAAGUGACCGAUGUGCUGAAACGUCACCGGUCUUCAGGAUCUGUCCUGAUAAAAGCACUCUUACUAAAUCUGGUACUGAGGAAUGAACUGGAAUCCAGACUGAUCGUUUGGGGGUUUGAGAUACUUGACGAUGGAAUUAAAUGUAAAAUCAAUUAAUCAAUCAAUCAAUCGAGCAGCGUGAUCGUACAGGCGGAUGAACGAUGAUGUUUUUAUGUCUACAUGAGUAAUGGAUUAUCUGUAGGUGCAUGUUUUGUUUUCUUGUGUCUGUUUAAAGUUAAAAACUAGACUAAUGAACAUAGGGAAGUACCUCAAUGACCAGCGAAUCAUGUGAUGUCACUGUGCCUUGAUUACACAAUACGAGUCAUGUGACUUUACUUAACUAGACAGUUAGCUAGCAUUAGAACGACCCCCCACCACCACUAUCUAACCAGUGCAUUAGACCUGACGGACACUAGACUCCUGUUUGCUGUUUGUACGUUAAAAAGGAUUACGGACUGCGAUUUAAUACCCUGCAAAACGUGGCCACACAAAGGAAAAAGGAAUGGAAAAUCGGAAGGUUGUUGGGUCAAGCCACGACUCCAGUUUAUCGCUGACAUGUGCGGUCAAGCGGUGGCUUCACAUCGUAAAGUACACUACAUGUUCUUCCACUACUAAUGCCGGCACCUUGACCCGACAGCAGGAGUCACUCAAAGCAAAGCAGUGGGUAGAAAUCCUCAGAUAUUUGAACUUGGCCACCUGGCCAGGCUGGUAGCACAGCUGAGACUGUGAUGGGCUAGCUAGGUGGGCAUCCACAAAGCCAGCCACGUGUUCAUCUCCCGCUGUAAUCACUGUAAUGUUGUACUAGUAAUAAAGGGUUAGGGGAGGCCGCUCAGGUGGCGCAGAGGUUAAACACGCUAGCACACCAGAGCUGGGAUUUCGAAUACAUCGUAUGGAAUCUCAGCUCUGCUUUCCGGCUGGGCUGGGCGGCCUGUUGUUUAGGGUGGGAGAGCCGGACCAGGGUUCCUCAUAACUGAUGCAGUUACGACCUCUGCUGGCUGAUUGAUGGCGCCUGUACAGAGUUGAGGAAUUAUGCUGAUCAGGGUGUGGCUCUCCGUACACAAGGCUGAUCCGCAUAUGAACUCGCCUCGUACAGGUGAAAAGAUGCAGUCGGUACUGCACACGUGUCCGAGGGGGCGUGUGUCGGUUGCGAAGCUCCUCAGUUAGCAGUGGAGGGUUGUAUCGGUAGAGGUGAAGCGUAACGCAAUCAGGGUGAUUGGAUACGACUAAAUUAGGGGAGACUUGAGGAGGGGGGGGUUAGGGGAGACUAGUGCCGGUGGUCUUGGGGUGUUAACCCCCGCUAAAUAUCGAUCGAAGACUGUGCACAGGGUACAAUGGGUUCAUCCUGCCAGCUGCCCAUGUUAACUGGUCAUCACAGGUUUUAACACUUCAUCUACUUUGCAGUGAGUACAUAUUUAUCCUGGUCAGGGUCCAAAUGAAACAUACAGGUCUGAGUUAAGUACAUAAGCCAGUGUGCCAACUAGAAACCACUAUUAUGAAUAAAGCCGUCAGCAUUUCCUAAAAAGCUGCUCUGUUUGCUUGUGUCGGCGUCCUUCUGAUAACGACGUGAUUCGUAACGUUACAGGUCCAACGUACUUCUACAUGCUCAGUGGAUUCUCUUACAGAACCCAAACUGUCAGUCAGGGUCAAGUGUACAGAGCAACAGAGGGGCUACAUCCAGUAACUGUAUACCCAUACUCAAAAAGUUCAGUUAUAUUAAUCAGUGAAUGUACAUACCAGAUACACAAAAGUAUGUGGACACCCUGUACACAAAGUAAUCUCUAUAAAGACAUGAGGAACAGCUCGGUUUAAAAACCUGGGAUGAACCGGGACAUCAACUGAGGCUUUCCUGACCAAACUCAGUGCCGGGGCCAUACAAAUGAUGUCAUCUUUUGAAUGGACAAAUUCCCACAGACACACUCCAGUCUUGAGAGCAGCAGGAUCACAUAAAGGUCACAAACAAGCUCAUUUUCAGGUGUCCACGUACUUUUGGCCAUAUAAUGCGUGUGUACCUACUGUACCUACCAAGAGACUUAACAGAGAUUAUUUGUACUACACAUGCAGGUACCUUCAUCAGACAGCAGGUGUCGCUGUUGCAGUGAUAAUGACAGGACACGCCGCUGUAUGGUGGCACAACAUCAGUCACAUUCAAAACAGCAGCACAGUCCUGAACAUCUCUCAAUCUACAUGUGCAUGUAAAAGAUAAAACACACAACUUCUGAUUUAUUCAGCUCACUAAUUAAACAUGUAAAAAAUCAAUCAAUAAAUAAAAUACUGUUACUUACAAAACAAAUAAA